CCAUCAGUCUUAUAUUUAUAUCUGGCGAAGUCAGGCGACACAGAGUUUGGAGUCGGGUGGAUUACACUCUUCUUGUUUAUUCAGGAGCUGGCGGAGACGUGCUCCCACUUGAGCAAAUGCACACGAAGCAAUAAUGAGAGAACAAAUUGUGCCGACUGCUGUUUGAUCUUUCCUUCGCACAACAAGUUCAACAUGAUGCCUAUGACCUUUCAGGCCUCAAGUCAUGUGACACUGCUGUUUGACUUCUGGAGUGUGAACAGCCCAGGAGGUAUGGUCCUAUCUGUGUUAGUGGUCAUGCUGCUAACGGUCUUCUACGAGUUGCUCAAAGUGUGGCGAGUGUGGCUUGGCACAAACACGUUUGCUCGCCAUUCUUGUUAUACGGCGAGCCCGCCGUCCCACCACAGCGACCGUGUUUCCGUGCUGGAAAAGAGCCCUUCCGAAGCUUCGCUCACAGAGGAACCCCAAUCCUUUCCAAGCAACAGGGGGCGAUGGUUGCGACACGGGAUCCAGACGCUGCUCCACAUGCUGCAGGUGACUUUGGGCUACAUGCUGAUGCUGUCCGUCAUGUCAUACAACACUUGGAUCUUCCUCGGCGUCAUUGUCGGUUCUUCCGUGGGCUAUUUCAUCUCAUUCCCUCUGCUGCGUCAGCAUUGAUGGACAGUUACGGCUCAGUAGCUCAGAUUUGGUUGUUCUGUUGGGUUUUUUUCUGAAUUAAAAGGAUAGUGCACAUUAAAAUAUGUGGAAAUUC